AAAAUGUUCAGCUUCCUAUGCCAACUCAGACGCGCCAUCCUCCGCUUCUCCACAAGAGCGGCACUUAAUUGUCUAUGAAAAUCUUUUUUAAAGCAUGCACUACCGCCAGCUCACGAAGCAGCUCCUCGAGGUAUCGGCUCAUGCCAUCGUUCCGUACCGGAUACCCAUACACUUUUCAGUCUGCGGCAGAUUAUGUCCGUAUGUAAGACAUGGUCUCUUUGCAGCACUUUGUGCGCUGAUUGCGUCGGCCUGGCCGCCGCCUCGUCGAGCGCACCAGCCUCCUCGUCUGCAGCUCUCGUUGAGUUCCUCAUUACCGCUGACAUAGUAGUUUAGAAAAGACGAAGGACCAAACGCAGGUACCAGCAGUACUGAGGUGUAUGCAGGAUCCCGGAUGGCGGCGGAGGCCACCUGAGGGCGGCGUGCGAACGCCGGCGCCGGUGCUCAUGGCCCUAUGCCAUCACGCAUCUCAUAGCAACCUUCCCGCCCAGUCGAAAAUGCGAGGUGGAUCUGCGGCCUUGCUCGACGUAUAUAAGUCGAAUCAGCUGGGACUGUCGCUGCAUCAGCCACGAAGAAGGGAUCUCUCUUGACAGCUUGGCACUUACACUUGGCAGCCUUCUGAAAUCAUGGUGCAUCUCGCAGGCUUGAAGCUCGCGCUUUUGUUCGGUACCCUCAGCGGCACGUACGCCGCUGGGCUCGUGAAGCUGCCUGUCCGCGCGUCGGUGGCGAGCCCCUCAGCACCUCUGGGCAACAAGAUCUCCAAGUUAACUGUAUCCGUCACGACUGGGAACGACCAGACGUUCGACAAUGUGCUCGUCGACACGGGAAGCUCCUUGCUCUGGGUCGGCGCCUCGAGCCCGUACGUCCCGGGUCCCAACUCGAAAGACACCGGCGAGACCUUUGGCGUUGAGUAUGACGAGGGCAGCGCGACCGGCCUGGUAUACCUGGACACUGUGACCAUCGGCUCUGCGACGGUGACGAAUCAGUACAUCGGCGCUGCGAACCAGACGUCGCUCCUUGCCGACCUCGAUCCUCUGGACGGCUUUAUCGGCCUGUCGUUCAACGGCUCGAAUGCACACACGAUCAGCGGUAUCGAUGGGCCGACGAACACGUUCUUCGACAGUCUUGUCGAGGAGGGCGUCAUUGAGCAGGCGCUAUGGAGUAUGGUCGUCCCGGCACUCGAUGUUGCGGCCGGGCAGCAAGUCGGCGAGGGCGAGAUUCUGUUCGGUGGGUACGACGCGAGUAAGGUGGAGGGCGAUAUUGCUUGGCUGGACGUCACCAAUGAGUUCGACCAGUUCACAUGGGCCUUUAACAUGGACGCCAUAUACUUUGGUGACAGUCAGAUUUCCAACGACGAUUUCGUGUUUGCUUACACGGACAGCGGAAACAUCUGGUUGAGUCUCAACAUAGAUAGCUACCUCGCGGUUCAGAAAUCGGUCCCAGGCGCAGCGGGCGCGUCAAUCGGUCCUGCGGGCGAGAUUAUGGCGUUCCCCGCGAACGCCUCCCUCGCUGAUCUGCCGUCGAUUAGCUACUCGAUGGCCGGCCAGAACUUCACACUCACGCCCGAGCAGUAUGUCAUGCCGUCCAGCGCGUACGCCACGUUCGGCAUCACAGACGACGGCCGGCACUACACGUGGUUUGCGAGUGCUGGCUCCCAGGCGGACGCGAUCCUGGGUCAGGCGUGGCUCCAGUACUUCUACUCGAUAUACGACGUCGGGAACACGAAGAUCGGGUUUGCGAACUAUGCUUGAGUGGAGAUGUUGUUGCGGGGAGGCUGGGCCAACGUGGGGCUUGGCUUCGUCCGAGAAGCUACCUAGGUGGUUCUUGAUUGUGUUAUCAUCUCUGGCCAGGACACGAUAGCAACACGUAUCUCGACGUAUCUCAUUGGAUCUCCUCUGUCACUGCAAGUUCCACUGCGCCCGAGAUGUCGGAAGCUCUGCGGGCUUCUCAGCAUGAUCCCAGUCGUGGCCGCGCGUUGAUAUCGUAUAUCUGUUUUCGACAAAAGGAUACCAACCAA